CGUCUGUUUUCCAGUUUCCACCAUCUCCCUCACUUCUGAGCUAUCUCUUUCUAUCUUCCUCACUCGGUCUUCGAAGUAGUCUUGCUCGGAUCUGGUGGUGUACUCUAUUUUAGACAAGGAUUUUGUCAUCUUUGUCAUCCUGCCAAAAUAUUGCUUGACCCUUCUUGUUGGUUUAAUGGAUUCAUUCAUAGAAAUAAAUAUCAACAGUUGAUGAUUGCACUUUUAUAAUGAUCAUCAUAAAAGUCAUCAAAGAAAACCAUUUGCGGCUCAAACCCACCAACCCAACCAAACCACACACCCACUCUACUAAAGCUUUGGGCUUUCUACAGAUGGCGAUAAUGGAAGAAUCAGAGGUGAAGUGGGAGAUUUCGCCGCCCAACACUUAUGGAGCAGUGUUUCUCGGUGGCACCUUCGACCGAUUACACGACGGUCACCGUCGUUUCCUCAAGGCAUCGGCAGAGCUCGCAAAGGAUCGAAUUGUGAUCGGAGUUUGUGACAAGCCCAUGUUGACUGAUAAACUGUAUACUGAAUUAAUACAACCCAAUGAGGAAAGGAUUCGUAAUGUUGAAGAUUAUAUAAAGUCUAUAAAACCAGAGCUCACUGUGCAAGCAGAGUCAAUUAUAGACCGUUAUGGCCCUUCUAUAGUUGAUGAAAAUUUGGAAGCUAUAGUGGUGAGUAAGGAGACUUUACCAGGUGGAGUUUCAGUCAAUAAAAAGAGAGCUGACAAAGGGCUUUCACAACUAAAGAUUGAAGUGGUGGAUCUGGUUUCUGAAGGUUUUAGUGGUGAAAAGCUUAGUUCAACAAUGUUGAGAAAACUUGAGGCUGAGAAGGCCAAGAAUCAGUAAGAAACUAUCACUAAAGAUUCUAUUACUACUACUACAGAAGGAAUUGGAAAUGGCUCAAAAAUCUAAUGUCGUGUGGAAAAUAGCCUCACAUAUUUUAUUAUUUGAGAGCUAUGCCAUUUAAAUAGACAUGGUACAACUUAUAGAGAUAUUUGGUAUUUGGUAUUGAAUACCUAAUAUUCUGGAGUAAUUACAAUAAAAUCAAAUCAUCUAAUU